UGAUCGCGCGCUUAUUUAUCGCCCGCCACUGCCAUUUCCGAUCCGGGCGACUUUAAUCCUGGCGCGAGGAAUGGCACGGCGUUAUUCCAGGCGCCGCGGGACCGGCCCCGCUGGUCGGCGGUCGCGUUUCCGUUCGCGCGCAGCUCGCUCACGCUGGGAAGCGCGCAUCGUCCCCCCCUCAGUACGUAAUGGAAUGCGCGACGGGUAGCUACCGAGUUACGCAGCUCCGCACGAUGCCCGGCCGAGAAUGCCCGUUAACAGACCGGAAUCCCGUGCAACGCGGCCGUGGACUUGACGUCUCGCCGCCCGACAUCGGCCGUCACGUCGAGCGCUCCAGGUCGCCCACCCAGUUCGCCGAUCGCCCCAGCUCCCGUGUUCUCCGCCGUCCUCGGUAGCACGUCGUAUACGUGGCAACAGAGCGCAUUGUCGUGUGUGGUGUGCCUUGGCUGCUGUGCUGUGGCCGUGCCGUGUGUGCCUGUGGCUGCCCUAAGCCGCGAGAACGCCCUCGGCGCGAGCGCUGGCCUCCUGUCACUUCUCCUAGUCAAGAGAAACAAUUUUCGUCGACGGUGGCUGGCUGGCUGGUCGACCGAGUGACGUUUCGCGUCGUCCUUCGCUUCCCAAACGAAGGACGCCGCGACGAGUUCAGGGUCCGGAUCCACCUCUUGGUGGACGCUCUUCCCCUGGAUCGACCGAGUUGAUCCAAUUGAUCCCUCGUCAUCCCGCGAUUUUUCUUCGACGCAGACCUGCUCGUGAGCUCGUAACGGAUUUCUCGUCGAUUUCUCUGCCGAAGCGGAAGCGUGGUUUGGUAGCCUUCGCCGAGGAAUGCGUACGUAGCGCGCGAACGCGGAUGUUAUUGGCUCACACCCGUCCUUUUGGAGCCUGGGAAACAUCCUCUUUCGUCCCCCUGCGUAGAUAGCCUCGGUGGGAAUUUAAUGCUGUGUGUUCGAUGGCCUUACGUACCUGGUAACCGCAAUGGGCUGACUGCGACUGGUUUAGCGUUCUUCAGAUGCUCUUCCUUCUGUGGUGUCAUCCACAUGAGAGAGUUAACUUGAUAAAAGUUGAUGGUGCUUCCGCACGUUAUCAUCUUUAUCUUUCUAUUGAUACAAUGGAGGAACCGGUUAAGAAGAAACAACGCAUUGAAAUUUGCGAGGAUGCCAAGAAUAGAUUUACUGAGAUCGAGCAACUACAAAGUAGCCUGCUUACGCGAUGUUUGUGCCACAUCCCAGAGAGCAGCCUGCGCAAACCAUUUAUUAAUACUACGGUGGGAGAAGCUGAUAGUAGCAUCCGCUCUGGCGUUCUGUCAGAAUGGCAUACGGAUCAGACCUUGGAGUUUCUCAGCGCACUACAGUUGCUGUUCGACUUGGCGAUCAAGCAGAAUGUGCGAGGUGUGAUGUGCAAAAGAGUGGCGGACGUUUGUGACGCUCUGGCGAGAAACGAGCAUGGCAUCAUCGAUCAGAUCAUCGAUCUGUCCUAUACGUCCAACAAAUUUAUCUCGUACGCCGGGAGUCGCGUGCUCGCAUCCUUCUUUAUCCUCACGAGGGAUAACGUGGAGAUUGCCUGGCUGGAGAGGCUCGUGCAAUCUCUGGUGGACAUGCACUCGACGACUAGCCAGAUGCUGUUCACCCUGGACGUGGUGAAGAGGGUAGUCGAGCACAAGGACUGCAGUAUACACCCGUUGGAGGAGCCAGACGCGUCCGUGUCGCCUCCCGGCUGCAACACGCACAUCAUCACCACCACGGAGAUCUUCGACAGCACGGAGAUCAAGGCAAUGUGUGUGAAAGCGCUGGAAUCCAAGUGGACCAUCCUUGUGUCCAAGUUCAAAACCAUUCUCAGGACUUAUACGCCGCAACACGCGUCCCUCGUCAUCACGUUCCUGCAUUUGUGGGAGACCAUCAUCUCGGUGAAAGCCAAUCUAUCCGUCAUCGACACCAAGCCCUUCUACUCGAAGUUGAAUGACCUCGUGUGGUUACUCAACAGAAACCUACCGGGUGUGAUCUGGCGACAUCUUCUCGGUUUGUUCAACGAGGUUUUGUGCUAUGGUAGCACUCUGGCGCUCCAAGACGUAUUGCCUGACGAACCGUGUUCCUUAGCGACCCUGAUCGUACGCGUCGUCAAGGAUCAUCGACUGCUCGACGCAUUACCGUAUCGUCACGGUUCCGGCAGCUUCGGUGGCGGCACCGACGACGGUGAUCGUCCGCUGUUGCAAAAGAUGGUUCUACUGGUGCUGAAAAGCGCUGCUGUGACGGUGCGGGAGACCCGUAGCGAUUCCAGCGACUCAUCCCUGGGCUCCGAGGUCGACGAUAUCGACGAGGAUAUGGCGGUGAUCGAUAGGAGUAUCCGGGAAGUGCUGCGCCAGCUGGAUCAAUGCGUCAAGUCGCUGAUGCCCUUCCAUCCGGAGAUGCCGCUCUCCCAGUGGGUCGUUCAGAUGUUCCACGAUCAGGACGACUUUCUCAUCGAGGGUAUGGUCUGCUGCCUGGACGUCGCCGUGGGUCUCUUCCACCGUAGAUCACCGUACAGCCUGGUCUCGAGAUCGAUGCUCAGCCCCCUCAGACCCACGUUGACCUUUGUGCAAUUUAUCCACGUCGUGUCGCACGAUCCGGAUGUCUUGCUGGAUCUGCUCGUCAGCAACGAGACCUGCUUUCUCCUGUAUCUCUUGCGAUUCCUCAAAUACAUUAGACGCAAUUGGGACGAGUUUGUCGAGUGUUGCAGCCGCGAGCUAGACGACACUAUGACGGUAUUGAUAAGACUGCGAUUGGCGAUCGAUCGAUUAGUGUCCAAGGCCCUGUUCCCAUACAACAUCAGUCCGGUUCUCCGUUUGCUCGCGAAAUGCGAGUCUUUUUACGAGGGUGACAUGGAGGAUGACGUGGAGGAUAACGUGGAGGGUAACGUGGAGAGUAACGUGGAGGACGGCAACACGUUUAUUAUGCAAGAAUACGAGAGAUUAGAUUAGCCGCCAAGAGGUCAAUCAAACAUGUACAAAUUGUACGAAUCUCUGUCCGAAUGUUAACUAGACUUUGUCAUCUGUAAAAUAUUCGCGUGUAGCUCUACAGAUCGCCGCAUAUUUCGUCCCAUCAUAAAAAAGAAGCGACUUAAUCGAUUUAUCGUCAAUCGUUCUUUGAAGCCCCAAAGGAGAUUAGAGAGAGACGAGCGCGUGUUUUUUUUUAAUUUAUUAACCCUUAGCAAAAUUUUCGAAUGUAAUUGAAAUUGCGAGACGGAGGUGGUGCUUUCGUUUGUUUACGAAUCAGUAAAGUUUUGAGAGAGAAGUUAAUCAGUAGUACGAAAAAGAAGAGAAUUAUUAAUAGCGAAAUUCGUAUCGAUUAUCUCAAAACGAAACUGCAUUUGUAUGGUGCUAAUGAAGUAUACCUCUGCCAAAGCACCAUUGCGAAGAUGAUGUAUACCACUAGGAUAAUAUUUAUAUGUACACUUCGAACUAUUUGUACAGUUUGCUGCCAGUCACAUCUGUAAAUGUAAUUUUUAUUUUCGUAUUUCGAUUAAUUCCUGAGAAAUAAUGUACAUAUCUCGUAAUCGCAUCUUUGCCAACUUUUGUAAUACAGAUCUUGCUGGAUAAAAUUGGACUUUUUCGUCAAAUUUCGAAACAAUUAAAAAAAAGAAUUUUUUCUAUAAUUAAUAUUGCAUACAAUAAAUAUAAUACAAAGAAGUUAAAUUUUGUUAUCAGAUCACGUUUUAUACAGCUAUAUAAAAAUACAUUUUGCAGCUUCUGAACUGAUCAAAUAAUCACGACAAUAUUAUACAAUUAGUAAAAUUUAAUUGGCAAAUAUUUGAUAUUACGAAUAUUCUUCGUUAGCAAUUAUUCAAUUGCAGACGAGAAACUAAUUUUUUUGUCAGUUUCUUCUAAAUGAAGGAGAAGAACGAAGCAAUUAUCAGAAAUUAUUUCGAGACUUUCUGAUAAACCAAUAAUUGUAUGUAAAUAGUAAAUAUAUUAACAAUUAACGAUUAACGCGCGCGACGUAUUCAGGUAACAUUUCCUUUUGUAUUACAUGUAUAAUAGACUCAAAUUUUCAUAUUUGUACUUUUAUAAUUGCGGUGUCGUUUAAUUCAAUUUUCUAAUUGAGUAAGACUUAUUUUCGGGACAUCGUGUGGCAUCGUUUUCGAUAUAGCAGCGACUUAAUUUCAUACUUUUGCGAAAAGAUCGAUCAAUUAUAAGAGAUCUAAGCGAUUUUUUUCAACCAAAAAUUUAUUGUUGUCUUUUAACGCAAGUUGAAUACAAUUUUCACCGAGACUUACUAUUAUAAUGUACAGCUCAGCAGAUUGUCACUGAUGCCCCGAUUAAUCAUGCAAAUAUUUGAUACAUUGAUUAGAGCGAUGUAACGCGCUUGUCUUAUCGGGACAAAGUGUCUGGAUUUUUUUAUUUUAAAAAAGACCAGAUAUAAUAGAAUUAAGUUAGUAACGUUAGCAGUUUUUUUUCGGCGUACUUUUAUAUUAUAAAAUUACGCUACUCUCUAUUUAGAAUUUGCAAAUAUAGCUCUAAUUAUUUAAAUAAACGCGUUCGAUCCGAGUAUCAUCGAGAAAUGUUUUGUCGAGAUGGAUAAUUUUUAAAAACACAAAAUUUUUGUACUAAAUAUUUAUAUUUGCAUAUUAAAUCAUUUAUUUAUAUAUCUGUAUUUUGUCAAUAAAUCACUAUUUCACAGCA